CAUGCCAGGCACAUGUCAGGGCUGCCUAUAGAUGGGAGGAAGUUACAGCCAUUCAGGGAUCAUGUGGAUAUGGAGUGUGCUCGCUCGGUAUAUGAGUCAGACAGCAGUUCAGGGUCACAGCAGAGAAAAGGUCUUCAUGGUGGUUGGUUUGGGUAACCAUGGCAUGUCGGGUACCAGACACAGUGUUGGAAUGACAGCUGUCAAUCUGUUGGCACGAAGACUGAAAGUUGCAGACCAGUGGAAGACAGACAGGAGGACUGGAGCCGAUAUCAUCACCACCAAACAAGAUGGAAUGCAGCUAGUUUUACUAAAACCUCGUCAGUUCAUGAAUGUCAAUGGAACAAGUGUGGGUAACGCAGCUGGAAAAUUCCAUCUCGUCCCUGAGAAUAUUUACCUGCUGCAUGACGAGCUAGACAAGCCUCUUGGAAAGGUGUCUCUUAAGCUUGGUGGGAGUGCAAGAGGCCACAAAGGUGUUCGUUCCUGCAUUGACCAUCUAAAGUCUGAUACUAUGACCAGGCUCUUGAUUGGGAUUGGACGUCCAGAUGACAAGUCCUCAGUAACGGCACAUGUGCUUGGACGCUUUACAAAACCAGAGCAGGAGAUAGUACCUCAAGCUCUGGAGCAGGGUAUAGACUUGUUAUUGUCACAUAUCAAGAACAAAACAGGGUUGGACUCUUCGACACAUGCUGCGUCACCGAAAACCACGUGACCUUGGUGAAAUCCGAUUGGGAGAAAGAAGUUUUAGUACAGAACUGACCCAAGUACUGGUUUUACAAGAAGUACACAACUAGAGGGUGUUCUGGAUGUGCAUAUUUAUUGGAAUUAUAGUGUUUUGUCAGCCCAGAAAGGACUAUGAGGUUUGAAGGCCCAUCUAUUGGUAUAGGUACAGUUUUGUUCAAAAUUAUUCAACCCCCCAAUGCUGUAAAGGGUUUUAGGGAAUUUAGUGUACAUUUGUAAUUGU